UUCAUUCCCUCUCACAAAUAAUUGUGAGGUUUCUUUGCACGGUUAGAUUUCUAGAAUUUUAUUUUGUAGGAAGUAAUUUUGAGAUUGUCAGAGAAUAAAUGACAUUGGAAGAAUUUUAAGUAAAAUUAAAACUUCAAGCAAUAGUCUGGAGUUUGCUCUUAAUUGAAAAUGAUUAUCUUUCUGAGACCUAUAUGAACCAUCUUUACUUAUUUCCGCUCCCUGAAAGAUAGUAAAAAAAGAAGACGUUUUACAUUUACACCAUGUAUAGCACAAAGGAAAAGAAUGACAAUGACAAAGAUGAUCUUCUGCUUAGAAUGGGACUUAAUGAUAAUAAAGCAGGAAUGGAAGGAUUAGAUAAAGAGAAAAUUAACAAAAUUAUAAUGGAGGCCACAAAGGGAUCCAAAUAUUAUGGAAAUGAACUCAAGAAGGAAAAACAAGUCAACCAACGAAUUAAAAAUAUGAUGCAACAAAAAGCUCAAAUUACCAGCCAGCAACUAAGGAAAGCACAAUUACAGGUUGACAGAUUUGCAAUGGAAUUAGAACAGGGCCGGGAUUUGAACAAUACCAUAGUGCAUGUUGACAUGGAUGCCUUCUAUGCAGCUGUAGAAAUGAGGGACAAUCCAGAAUUAAAGGAUAAACCCAUUGCUGUAGGAUCAAUGAGUAUGUUGUCUACUUCAAAUUACAUUGCAAGGAGGUUUGGUGUUCGUGCAGCCAUGCCAGGAUUUAUUGCUAAGAGACUCUGCCCACAACUUAUCAUAGUGCCCCCGAACUUUGACAAAUACAGAGCUGUGAGUAAAGAAGUUAAGGAAAUACUUGCUGAUUAUGAUCCCAAUUUUAUGGCCAUGAGUCUUGAUGAAGCUUACUUGAAUAUAACCAAGCACUUACAAGAAAGACAAAAUUGGCCUGAGGACAAAAGAAAAUAUUUCGUCAAAACUGAAAAUGCCAUAGAAAAUGAUCAACCAGAAAAGGACGUGGAUAAACUGAGUGAGCAUGAACGGCCCAUCUCUCCACUGCUUUUCGAAGAUAGUCCUCCUGAUUUGCAAACCCCAUCGAACUUUGAAGAACAAAACAAUCCUCAAAUACUACAAAAUUCAGUUGUUUUUGGAACAUCAGCUGAGGAAGUGGUAAAGGAAAUUCGUUUCAGAAUCGAGCAAAAAACAACACUGACGGCUAGUGCAGGAAUUGCUCCCAAUACAAUGUUGGCAAAAGUUUGCAGUGACAAGAAUAAGCCAAAUGGACAAUAUCAAAUUCUCCCCAACAGACAAGCUGUGAUGGGCUUCAUCAAAGACUUACCAAUUAGGAAGGUUUCUGGAAUAGGAAAAGUUACAGAGAAAAUGUUAAAGGCCCUUGGAAUUAUUACUUGUACAGAACUCUACCAACAGAGGGCAUUACUUUCUCUCCUUUUCUCUGAAACAUCUUGGCAUUAUUUCCUUCACAUCUCUCUGGGUCUAGGUUCAACACAUCUGGCAAGGGAUGGAGAAAGGAAAAGCAUGAGCGUUGAGAGGACCUUCAGUGAAAUAAGUAAAGCAGAAGAACAGUACAGCUUGUGCCAAGAACUUUGCAGUGAACUCGCUCAAGAUCUCCAGAAAGAAAAGCUUAAGGGUAGAACUGUUACCAUUAAACUGAAGAAUGUGAAUUUUGAAGUAAAAACUCGUGCAUCUACAGUUUCAUCUGUUGUUUCUACUGCGGAAGAAAUAUUUACCAUCGCUAAGGAGUUGCUAAGGACAGAAAUUGAUGCGGAUUUUCCACGUCCCUUGAGAUUAAGACUUAUGGGUGUUCGAAUAUCUGGUUUUCCCAAUGAAGAAGAUAAGAAACACCAACAAAGGAGCAUCAUUGGCUUCUUACAGGCUGGAAACCAAGCCCUGUCAGUCACUGGGUGUAUGCUAGAGAAAACAGACAAAGAUCAGUUUGUAAAACCUCUAGAAACAUCUCAUAAGAAGAGUUUCUUUGAUAAAAAACGAUCAGAAAGGAAAUGGAGCCACCAGGACACAUCUAAAUGUGAAACUAUAGUUAAAGAAAGUUUACAGAUAUCACAACCAUUCCAAGUUUUAAAGAAGACAAGUGAGAAUUUAGAAACAUCAGAUAAUUCAGAUAACUUCCAGAUAUUUACCUGUCCUGUUUGCUUUAGGGAACAAAGAAGUAUCAGUCUGGAAGCCUUUAAUAAACAUGUAGAUGUGUGUCUUGAUGGACCUUCAAUUAGGGAGAACUCAAAAAUGAAUUCUUCAAAUGCUUCCUCUACUGAAGUUAACCUGAAAGAAAUCACGAACCAUUCUUUUUUACUUUGUGAAAAGCAAUAUUAUGAAACUCAUCAGAAAAACGUAGAAAUCACUUCAGUAGAUUGUGUAAAUUUGGUAGAAACUAGAAAUAAUUCAUCUAAAGCAGGAAGUAUAGACACUGAGCACAGCAAGGAGGAAUGUUCUAGUCUUCCAAGCAAGUCUUGUCUUGUUUCAUUAGAAAAUCAAGAUGCUGAGUUACUAAGUAGACAUGAACCACUCCAACCUUGUGUGUAUCAAGUGACAGCAGGCCAAGCGCUAGUUUGUCCAGUAUGUAAUCUAGAACAAAAAACUUCAGAUCUUAUGCUGUUCAAUGUGCACGUGGAUGUUUGCUUAAAUAAAGGUAUUAUCCAAGAACUGAAGAAUGAUAAAGUUUAUCCUCUUAACCAACCCAAAGAUAGCUCCAGAAGUACUGGUAGCUCAAGCAGAGUUCAGAAGACCAGAACAAAAAGGGUAGGACUAACCGCAAAGUACUCAGCAUCAAAGAAAAUAAAACCGAACAAUCCCAGAUACACUCUUGAUAUAUUUUUUAAAUGAACAUUGAAUAUUUUAUCAUCAAUUUUAAUUGAAACUUCUUAUUUUGUAAUAAAUGAAAUUAUUCUUCCUCAUUUUAACUUUAUAGAUUCAUGUAGGGAAGGCAAGUACAAUAAUUCCUCCCAAAUGAUGUUUCCUUUUCUAAGAAUUUAGAAUAUAGGUUAAUUUAUUUUUGUAUUCAUUUUAAUUUUUUGGUACCAGGAAUUGAACUUCGAGUACUCUACCACUGAGGCGCAUCCCCAGCCAUAUUUUGUAUUUUAUUUAGAGACAGGGUCUCACUGAGCUGCUUAGUGUCUCACUGGCUUUGAACUCUGGAUCCUCCUGCCUCAGCCUCCUGAGCCACUUGGAUUAGAGGCAUGCGCACUGCACCCAGCUUCUUUAUACCUUUUUUAUAACAGUGAGAAUUCCAUUUCUGUUACGCGUCAAUUGGAAAUCAUUCCUGUUAGAAAUAAUUUUAAAAGGAAAAGUAAGAAAUGAGAUCAGAAAGUGAUUUACUGUCUUUUUCCUUCCUCUUUUUUCAGUACUGGGGUUUGAAACUAGGGGCAUUCCACCAUAGAGCUAUAUCCCCAGUCCUUUUUUAUGUCUUUUUUGAGAUUGUCUCACUAAGUCUUGUUAAGUGGCAGAGGCUGGCCUGAAACCUUUGAUCUUCCUGCCUCAUCCUUCUGAGUCAUUGGAAAUACAGGUGUACACCUCCAUGCCUGGCUUCUUUAUUACUUUUCUAGUAAAUAUAAAAGCAUAUUUAAUGAUGAUGGAUCUUAGAGAUUCAUAAACCUAUUUUAGCCUAAGAAUUUUUCAGCACUUAACCACUUUAUAGGCAUUGAACGGCUAUGUUUGAUCUUGUAUCAUCAGGUACUUCAUGAGCAUUCAUAAUUAAAAUUUAUCAUCAGUUCUAUGAAGAAUAUUAGCUUAACAGCAUGAACGAUUUUGUUAACUUCAGGAAAAUAAUAUCACCGUAGUGUGAUAGAAGGAUUUUUACUUAAAAUAUUGUUUCUUUAUUUUUUCUAUUUAAAAUUCUUUUAUCUUGUGAAUAAGCACUUGCUUCACUUUAAAAAAUAUUUGAUGUAAUAUUCAAUGUAGUUUUUUUUUUCUAAUAUAGGACUCUUAUUUAUUAUUAUUUUUUGAAGUACUCUACCACUAUGCUACAUCCCCAACCCUUUUAUAGGACUUUUUUUUUCCUCCUUUGGGUGCUGGGGACUGAACCAAGGAGUACUUUACCACUGAGUUAUAUCUUCAGUUCUUUUUAUUUUUUAUUUUGAGGUAGGGUCUCGCUGAGUGGCUUAGGACCUCCCUAAAUUGAUGAUUCUCCUGCCUCAGCCUACCAAGUUGUUGGGAUUAUAGGCAUGUGCCAUCAUGCCCAGUUCUAAUAUAGGACUUUUAAAUGGCAGUAUUUCAUUCCUUGGCAGUUAAUGUUUUCACUUUCCACAGAUUUCUUAAAAAAAAAAAAAAAAAAAAACAGAUAAGUUAUUUUCAUUCUGCAAGAGAAAAACAACCUCUGUUCUGUUUUCUUUCACCUUUUUAUUAAUAUUUGUAAAAUAAGACAACUUAGUAGUUAGGUUAAGUAGUUACUCCAAAUACUUUUUUUUUUCCAAAUACAUUUUUACUAUCAAUUAAUUCUUAUCCAAAAACAGUUACAGGGCUGGGGUUGUGGCUCAGCGGUAGAGUGCUCGCCUAGCACGUGCGAGGCCCUGGGUUCGAUCCUCAGCACCGCAUAAAAAUAAAUAAAUAAAUUGUGUACAACUACAACUAAAAAAUAAAUAUUAAAAAAAAAAACAUGUCUAAAUGUUAAAAAAAAAAAAACAAUUACAGAAUUACAGGGAGGGAGGUUAGGGAGGAUGGGUGCAUGGGGGCAGGAAAGAUGGUGGAAUGAGAUGGACAUCAUUACCCUAUGUACAUGUAUGACUGCACAUAUGGUGUGAUGCUACACUGUGUACAACCAGAGAAUGUAAACUUGUGCUGAAUCGUAUGCAAUGAACCAAAAUGCAUUCUGCUGUAGUAUAUACCUAAUUUAAAUAAAGAAAGAAAGAAUUACAGGGCUGGGGCUAUAUAGCUCAGGGGUAGAGUGCUUGCCUCAAAAUGUGUGAGGCAUUGGGUUCAAUCCUCAGCACCACAUAAAAAUAAAUAAACAAAAUAAAGAUAUUGUGUCCAUUAAAAAACAAAUUACAUAAUUGAAUCAUAAAAUGGAAGCCAUUUCUGUACUGCUUUAAGGAGCUGAAUCUUUUUUCCCUCACAUUAUUGUUUGCAUCUCAUAUUUUAGUUCAUUAUCUAAAUAUACAAAGAAAUAAUAUUGGAGAAGCCUUUGACUAAAGUGGUAACUUCACUUUUAAUUGCCGAUUGUUUAAAAUUAGGUUUAAUGAUUAUUAGCCUGCCAGCCUCAUACCUGAUGUCAUACACCAUGGCACAUACAAAGUUGUAGCAUUAUGAUUCUUGAUUGUAUGAUUUCCAUAUGUUAAUAAUCUACAAAGUUAAAUUCAAAUGAAAUUGGUUUAAUAUGUUGAAAAGUAGAAACAUCGUAUUUAAUUGUUUUCUAUCUUGCCUGAAAUAUUUUUAUUGUUUUCAACAUCAAGUACUAAAUUAUUUUCAUUCAGAUGAUCUAAUUAAUUGAAUGCUAAUAUGUGGUAAUAUUUAAUACUAAUUAAAAUGAAUUUAAAAGUUUAA